AUGCCUGCUUCAACACCCAACCCAUCUGGAUCGGCAGAUCCCAAACUCAUCCCCUACGGUCAGUGGGAAUCCUUCCCGUCAGAAAAGUACAACAAGCCUUGGGGUGAUAAAAAGUGCAUAAUUUACAACUCUCCAAACCGAGACGUUCUUGCUGGAACAAUAUACGCCCAUGGAAAAGGCACCUAUACUUGGCCGUGUGACGAGUUCAUAUACGUCUCGAGGGGAUGGAUCACUUGGGAGGUCCUUGGCGGAGAAUCGUUCAAGCUAGUGGAGGGAGACGUGAUAUACAUCAAGGAAGGCACGACAGCGUCAUACGAGAUGAGCCCAGAUUACGCCAACAUCAUUGUAUUCUACUCUGGCGAGGGAAAGGAGCUCAACGUCGAAGACGAUUAG